AUGAUCAAGGAGCAGUGGCAUUCGCAGCUUCGUCACCUUCGCGUAAUCCAUGUCGGGGCAGGAGCUGCGGGAUUGUUGAUGGCAUACAAAAUGAAAAAGGAUUUUGAAAACUACAGCCUCGUCUGCUACGAAAAGAACCCGGCAGUUGGCGGCACGUGGUUUGAAAAUCGCUACCCAGGCUGUGCUUGCGACGUACCAGCACAUGCAUAUACGUACUCAUUCGAGCCAAAUCCGAAUUGGUCAAGUUUCUAUGCCUAUGCACCGGAAAUACGGCAAUAUUUCCAGGAAUUUGCCAGCAAAUACGAUCUGAUGCCCUUUGUCAAAUUGAAUUCCAGAGUUUUGAACGCGGUCUGGCAGGAAGACAGGGGCAUUUACGAGGUCAAGAUCGAUGUUGAAGGCCAAAUUGUGCGAGACUGGUGUCACGUCUUCGUCAACGGGACCGGGUUUCUCAAUAGUUGGAAAUGGCCGAAAAUACCAGGUCUGCACGACUUUGGGGGCAAGCUAAUGCACAGCGCCUCUUGGGACUCAUCAUACGACUGGACUGGAAAAAGAGUCGCAGUCAUUGGCACUGGCUCUAGUGCAAUCCAAAUCGUCCCUCGGAUUCAGAAAAGCGAGCCUUUCCUUCCUUUUCGCUAUUACGUGCUGACCCUUAGUAGCUGCCAAACACCUGAGCUGGGGAAGGGUAACGUGCCACCUAACGCGCAGUACUUCUUCUCGGAGGACGAGAAGGAAAGGUUCCGUGACGAUCCCGAAUUCCACCUUGCCUAUCGCAAGAAGCUGGAGGCGGCGGUGAAUAAUCUAUUUGAGAUGUUCUUGAAAGAUACCGAAACCAAUCGCGAGGCGGAAAGAAUGAUGAGAGCUGAAAUGCACCGACGAAUUGGUUCUGGCCAUGAAGAGCUGAAGGAGAAGCUGAUUCCGAGUUGGCCUCCGGGAUGUCGUCGCAUCACGCCCGGAGAUGGAUACUUGGAGGCAUUAGUGCAAUCCAACGUCACGACUGUGCACAAAGAAAUUGCAAAAGUGGUUCCCGAGGGCAUCGUGGACGAGUCGGGCCAUCUCCACGAAGUCGAUCUUCUUGUGUGUGCCACCGGAUUUAACUUGGCAUUUGUCCCACCCUUCGAGAUCAAAGGCGUCAAGGGUGUGAGCAUGGCCGACGACUUUAACCCUGAACCGCAAGUGUAUCUCGCUACCAGCGUGCCCAAGUUCCCCAAUUACUUCGUCAUCAACGGUGUGCGCGGCAAUUGGGCGGCUGGAACGGCGCUUCCCUCCCACGAGGUCUGCGUCGAGUAUGUCCUCCAGUGUGCGAAGCGGAUCCAGGCCGAGAACAUCAAAGCUAUGGAAGUCCGCCAGGAGCCGAUUGAUCAGCUGUACCAGCACAUUGACCUCUGGCACGCACGGUCCGUUUGGGGCGCGGACUGCAAGAGCUGGUAUAAGAACAACAUCGUCGGGGGAAAGCUAUGGAUUUGGGGUGGUUCAGCACUACAUUUUAUGAAAACCAUAAAAGAGGUCAAGUACGAGCAUUAUGAGUUUCGCUAUUUCACCAACAUGUGGGAGUAUUUGGGCAAUGGACAGGUCGAGGCAGAGAUCAAGCAUGACUUGCCAAACUUGACGCCAUACAUGAGGAACAGUGAUGUCGCCUGGACCAUCAAAUAG